AUGACACCAAGAUCUUCACACGCUCCGCCGGCGCCGUUGGUACUGCAGAAACAGAAAUCGAAGUCGUCGCUACGAGGUUUUUUCAGCAGCAGUGGAAGCAGGAAUACCUCGCCGGUUACGCCAGUUCCGCCAGUUACGCCACCAGCAACACCCAGGCAUUUGUCCGAAAGCGCAAAUGGUACAAUAUCGCCGGCACCAAGUUCGAACUCGUCGAAAGAUUCAACCCUAUCAUUGAGAGCUAAGGGCCCCUCAUAUUCGAGCUAUGCAAAACCACCGAUACCGCAGGUCGUAUUUACAAAGAUCGCUCUGGAGCUGAGAGUAAUACACGGGAGUGGGCCGAUAGGAGCACCAUGCGAUACUUGUUUUAUGCGAGAUCUUUGCUCGUUGGCGUUAGUUAAUAAGAGGUUUUCGAAAGGUGCUUUACGGUUACUAUACUCAAAAAUACGACUUCACGGGCCGGACUCGGAAAACUCGAAAUUUCACUUCGGUAGCAGCAAGAAGAAUGCGAUAAAGUACGGAGCGCGAAUAAACCUACUAUGCCGCACAUUAAGGUCCCGACCGGAUUUCGCAGAGCUGGUUGUAGAGCUUAAGCUCCCAGCUUACGAUCUCAGCCUGCCGGGCCCGGAGGUAGCGAAUAUACUUUCACUAGCAGCGGGUGUGGUUAUGUGCUGUCCAAACCUUGAGAAGCUCGCCGGUUUCUAUCCCACGUUCGAAUUCGGUAUGGGAAUCGAGGUACCCGGAAAUCCAAAAGAUGAGGAGUGGCGAAGGGGAUCGGAUAGGCUGUGGCAGGCACUCAGUACCCGCAAGAAGCUCAAGGAGCAUGUAUGGCUCCUUGUUGGGGAACAGCAGUUCGAACCAUCGCCUGAUGAUAUCGGAUAUCUGGAUGAGAAUGGAGUAUUUCGUCAAGAAGUUGACCCGCUCCCUCAGCAGCAAAUCCAGCGGUUCCUUUCCUAUCACGCCCAAUGGCAGAAUCUUGAAACCUUGGUCCUCCAUGGGAUGAACACCAUAUCUUCGCUUCUCCCCCACGACUUCAUGGCGCUUUUCCAAAAUACUCCUAAUCUUGGUUCUCUCUAUGCAUCCCACUUUGCAUAUUACCAAUUCACGGACGAGGUUCUUUGGUAUCUCCCAAAAUCUCUGACAGCUCUUCGUCUCGAAUGCCUUCCUGGCCUUACCGACAGAAGUCUCUCCUUCUAUUUCUCUUCUCCCCAAAACCCUUUGAAAAAGCUUUCCCUUAUAAAUCUUGAUAUACGUUCGUUACUUCUCAUCAUGAAGAUUUUUGCGAACCUUGCUGAGCUCGACAAAUUCACCCUCCUUCAAGAAAACGCCCCAGAAAUUGACGAAACGGACACACUAUUUUUGCGCCCAUUACUUGCAUCCCGUUCACUCAGAUUCCUCCAUUGGGACUGCCUUAACUCCGGGCCUGCAGAAGUCCAUUUGGCAAACAGUAUCACUGACGGCGGGUUUCCAAAACUCCAAUAUCUCCGCGCCCCAUGUGACAACAAGGGAAUUCUUCAAGCUGUUUGCCGACCCCGCGAAAAGAUUGAAUUGCCCGGUGAUAAGUUUCGUUCUCUGAUAGUCCGCCAAACACCCCAGAAGACAAAACAGGCCGCCAAUGGUUAUGCUCCAACUCCGCCAGAACGUAGGAGCCGGAGUAGCAGCAGUAGCCGUCAUCACCGCUCACGGUCUAGUUCUUCAACUGCGAUAACUACCAGCUUGCCACCAAUGUCACCAACCCCAAUAGACGCUGAAGAACUUACCCGCCACCUGCCAACUGCUCGUUCGAAAGCUCAGAAAAGGCUAGAAGUAGCCUUGAACCCACCUUCAGCGCCGAAUCCGCCUGGUACCUUCUCAGCAUCGGUGGCCGCACGUCGACCAAAAACGAGCCACUCUUCAUCUGACAGCAUGGGGAUCAUACCACCCCUGCCAACCGGCACCUUUCAUAUUCACAUCAUUAUUUCGAAUUUUGAUGGCCCUAAGAACUCUGUAAAGGACAUAGUUACGUAUCACGGGUAUAUGGGAACGAUCAACUCAAAAGUGGAGUAUUUCUUACUGCCAGAUAUCCCAGGUAGUGAAAGUGCACUUGCGGGAUUAGGCGAUAUCAUGGAAGCAGGUUGGGAAUGGAAAGAACCAGGAACCGGGAGUAGCGACGGGUGUACAGGGUUAGUCAAUGUGAGAAAUGCGGUGAAUAAUGGAGGAAACGGAAAGGCUAUGCAUAAGUACUGGAGCCAUAGAGAGAGAUGGCCAUGGAGGAUGAUCGCUUUAGGAAUUCUCUUUUGA